UUUUUCAUUCAUUUUAUUUUAACUGUAUCAUCACAUGGUUUAAUUUAAUGUUUAUAUUUAAAUUCAGAAUUAUCAAUCCACGUAAAUAUGACCACUUUUGGCGAAAUAGCUGAGCCAGGUAGCCGUAACCUUUGGGAAGACUGGGAUGAUUCCAGUCAGGAUCUGGUCAAAUUACAAUGGCAGAAUUCCUUAGAAGCACCGAAAGAAAUUGAUGAUGUGAUCAUUUUUGAAGGGCGAUAUUUAUCAGACUACAUAAAACAUCAAAGCCAAUGCUCUUUAGUAAACACUGUCUCUGGAGCCAGCAUUAAUCUGUAUAAACUGAAUAAUUGUAAUGGAUACAUUUGUACAGUCAGAGAUUACAGCAUAGUUCAAAGUAGCAAAAUAAUAGAAUUGCUGAAGGAUUAUUUGUUGCACAGUCGAGAAGUGAUUGCUGUCCAAACAAAACCACUGUCCGACUACAACACCACUGCGCCAGUACUGGACUGCGUCAUCAGAAGCGUAUCCACGACAAAGCUUCCUAACAAUUCGAGAUUUACAUAUCCUAAACUGGAACAACCAAAUAUUAUUUCUGGAGUAGCAGCAGGAGCUAUUUCCUUGAGAGAGCACAUGGACCUGACUGGAACAGCGAUAGUAUGUUACAUUGAACACCCGGAAGACUAUCAAAUAGAAAAAGUUAAAAAACUUUUGGAGAAAUUCAACUUGUACCGAAAUGACAAAGCAAUGCCAGGCACACUUUUAAAUUCCAAUUUGUAUAUUUGAUUCAAAAAUAAAAAGUUUUAAGAAAAAAAA